CAGCAGAGCCAUGAAGAAAUUAGUGGUGCUGGGGCUGCUGGCCGUGGACAUUGUCGGCCUCUGUCUCUCGCUGCCCUUGGCCUCCAAGGAACCUGACAACCAUGUGUACACCAGGGCUGCCGUGGCUGCGGAUGCCAAGCACUGCUCUGAGAUUGGGAGGGAUGCACUGCAGGACGGUGGCUCUGCGGUGGAUGCAGCCAUUGCAGCCCUGUUGUGUGUGGGGCUCAUGAAUGCCCACAGCAUGGGCAUCGGGGGCGGCCUGUUCUUCACCAUCUACAACAGCACCACGCGAAAAGUUGAGGUCAUCAACGCCCGCGAGGUGGCCCCCAGGCUGGCCUUUGCCAGCAUGUUCAACAGCUCGGAGCAGUCCCAAGACGGAGGACUGUCGGUGGCGGUGCCUGGAGAGAUCCGAGGCUUUGAGCUGGCGCACCAGCGGCAUGGGCGGCUGCCCUGGGCUCGCCUCUUCCAGCCCAGCAUCCAGCUGGCCCGCCAGGGCUUCCCUGUGGGCAAGAGCUUGGCAGCAGCCCUGGAAAACAAGCGGACCGUCAUCGAGCAGCAGCCUGUCUUGUGUGAGGUGUUCUGCCGGGAUGGAAAGGUGCUUCGGGAGGGGGAGAGACUGACCCUGCCGCGGCUGGCUGACACCUAUGAGACGCUGGCCAUCGAGGGUGCCCAGGCCUUCUACAACGGCAGCCUCACGGCCCAGAUUGUGAAGGACAUCCAGGCAGCUGGGGGCAUUGUGACAGCCGAGGACCUGAACAACUACCGCGCUGAGCUGAUUGAGCACCCACUGAGCAUCAGCCUGGGAGACGCGGUGCUGUACAUGCCCAGCGCGCCACUCAGCGGGCCCGUACUGGCCCUCAUCCUCAACAUCCUUAAAGGGUACAACUUCUCCCGGGCGAGCGUGCAGACUCCCGAGCAGAAGGGCCUGACGUACCACCGCAUCGUGGAGGCUUUCCGGUUUGCCUAUGCCAAGAGGACCCUGCUUGGGGACCCCAAGUUUGUGGAUGUGACUGAGGUGGUCCGCAACAUGACCUCUGAGUUCUUUGCUGCCCAGCUCCGGGCCCAGAUCUCUGACGAUACCACUCACCCGACCUCCUACUACAAGCCCGAGUUCUACACGCCGGAUGACGGGGGCACUUCCCACCUGUCUGUCGUCGCAGAGGAUGGCAGUGCUGUGUCUGCCACCAGCACCAUCAACCUCUACUUUGGCUCCAAGGUCCGCUCCCCAGUCAGCGGGAUCCUGUUCAAUGAUGAAAUGGAUGACUUCAGCUCUCCCAACAUCACCAAUCAGUUUGGGGUGCCCCCCUCACCCGCCAAUUUCAUCCAGCCAGGGAAGCAGCCGCUCUCGUCCAUGUGCCCAACGAUCAUGGUGGGCCAGGACGGCCAGGUCCGGAUGGUGGUGGGAGCUUCUGGCGGCACGCAGAUCACCACGGCCACUGCACUGGCCAUCAUCUACCACCUCUGGUUCGGCUAUGACGUGAAGCGGGCCGUGGAGGAGCCCCGGCUGCACAACCAGCUUCUACCCAACGUCACCACAGUGGAGAGAAACAUUGACCAGGCAGUGACUGCAGCCCUGGAAACCCGGCACCAUCACACGCAGAUCGCAUCCACCUUCAUCGCUGUGGUGCAAGCUGUCGUCCACACACCUGGUGGCUGGGCAGCUGCCUCGGACUCCAGGAAAGGCGGGGAGCCUGCCGGCUACUGAGUGCUCAGGGCGGACAAAGCUGACCAGCAAUCCAGGGACAAGAUACUCACAAGGACCGGGAAGAGGACUUUGGGGUCCCCUGUGAGUGGCAGAGCAUCACAAUAAAUGAGGCCACUGUGUCAGGCUCCAGGUGGCCUCCCUGGCCUGGCUUCCCACUC